AAUUGAGGAUCGAUCAACUUCAAGGACAGUGUAGGAGCAAGGCCGCUGUGGAUCAGUAUCGAUCUUUGAAUAGAGAGAGAAAAUUACUUAAUUCCGACGUACGGAGGCUGUAAUUCAGUGAUCGAUCUCCAUGGAUUCUCUGGAUUCUCUUCCAGACGACGUUCUCUUUCAUCACAUUCUCCCCCCGCUUCCAACCGUGUCUCUAGUUCGAUGCAGGUACUUCUGCAAAUCUUGGCCCUCCAUCGUCCGCGAUCCCCACUUUCUUGCUCUUCGCCAAUCCUUCUACCCCACCUCCGGCCACCUCCUCUUCGUCUGCCCCGCCUCCGCUGUCGCGACCUCCGAACUUCAAGUUUUCUCCGCACCCAUCUCCCCAGGGCAAGCUGACCCUCCUUUGGCCACCCACAUCGCCACCAUUCCCAAUCUUAACGCUUCCAUGGUCGACGUUCAAUGCGUGAAUGGCCUGCUCUGCUUGCAUCCCAAGAAUUCGUCUAAUUCCAAGGCUUUCGCUCAUAUAUUCAAUCCAACCACUCGGCAAAUUAUUACACUCCCAGAUGAUUCCUCCGUAAGAGAUAAAUUUCGUGCUUCGACCCAUUUUGGGUAUGACCCGAUCCGAGAUGAAUUCAAGGUUCUCCGGUUGCUGAAAUAUAAUGAUUCUCACGAGUUCAAGAUCUUUACCAUUGGUGAUGCUACUAAUUCAUGGAAGCUUGUUAAUAACGCUACGGCAACACACAUCCGUCCGACGAACUGGUUUUUGGAGGAUAAGAGAGGGGUUUGUGUCAACGGUGCAAUUCAUUGGAAGUACUCUUCUUAUAUACUUGCAUUUGAUCUCAGAAGCGAGCAAUUCAGGCAGAUCGAUAUCCCUGAUGGGUAUAAAUACAAAGAGCAUUGCCGUCCACAUUUGAAAUUCCCAGAUCUUGUUGAGCUGAGUGGAUGCUUGACCUUAGUUGGAUACGACGAUAGAGGUUUGAACUUGACGAUCCUGGAGGACUACGAGACUCGAGAAUGGACUCAGAAACGUAUUAUACUUCCUGAUGGAGCAAAUGAACGAAUUCAUUUUCCUCUGUGCAGUGUCCCCAAAACAGGCGAGAUCCUCCUCAUGCCGUACUUUUUAGGAAGGCUCGUCAGAGUAAUUUAUCAUGACAAAGACAAAACGAGCUCUAGGAGAGCCGUGGUCAUGAAAAUGCUUGAGCCAUUGUGGCCGGAUCAAAAAUCAGGAUAUAUCAACAUAUUCUUCUAUCAAGAAAACUUCAGAUUAUUGGACUGACAAAAACACGGAAGAAGGCUUGGUUCUAUUUAGCGGAGAUUCAGCGUGUCUCGAGGAAGCGUUUGAGAGGCGUUUUCUUUGGCCUUCCCUCUUUAUUUCAGACCAUUUCAGUCUGUCUCAAUGCUUUCUAGAUGCUAGGCUUAACAAUUAGAUUGAUAGGUGGAAUUUCUGUUGCACCGCUCUGCAUGAAAUUUAGAUUUCCAGCAACAUGGUAAAAGAGACUAUUAGUGUGUUUGUAAACCUGUGAUUUAACCGAAGUGUACUCUAAUGUGAGUGUAGCUUUAUUUGGGGGAAGAAGUGUCCAAUUGAUUUCCAAGCAUAAGUUAUGUUGAAUGUUCAUUCUGAAGGAAAGGAUUAAUUUGCUAA